AUGGUGAAUUUAGCUAUUUCAUGGGACCUCAUAGGACCUUUCCUUGUGUGGCAGUAUCUAAUACCAUUUGCAGCAGGAUGGGCGCAAACAGUCCUCUACAGCAUCUUUAUUCGCGCCGGCGACCCCAAACCUCAGCCGGGCUCCCCACGAUUCAUCAAGCAUCGCCGGAAUAUUUUGGUUGCCGUUUAUGCGGCGUACUUCGCCUUCACCAUCUACGAGGUCGACUUCAACCUCCAGCACCGGAGUAACGCAUAUAACGACCUCGGCGUACCGAUCGAUGUUAGCCAGAGCGCUUUGAACACGCACUUCAGGAAGUUGACACUCCAAUACCACCCGGAUAAAAUUGGCAGGAAUGUGGAUAGGGAUACGGCGAACGACUACUACGUGCGCCUGAGGCAUGCCAAAGAUAUUAUCCUGGAUCCCGCGAAGCGCUCCGCGUACGAUCGCUUUGGCCCAUGGAUCUUAGAAAAUUGCCAGCGUUGCUCAACAAUCAGUGACUACACGAACCACGGGCUGCUUGCCGCGACGACUAAUUACGGCGUUCUCACCAUUUUCUUGUUUGGCGCAAACGCUCUGGGGUUCCUAACUGAUGGCGCGUAUUGGCGCUACCUCGGCAUUCUCGCUGUCGCAACUUUCGAAGUACGCACGGCUAUGCGUCCAGAUCACCCCGCGUUCCUAUACAAAUACUUGAACCCACUCGUCACAUCCACGAACCUCAGACUCGCAUAUCUCCCCUUCGAAAUCGUCCUCAUCGUUAAAAAGGCCGCCGUCUCUCUCGCCCAGUUUCUCACGCUUCUCAUGCCACUUUACCGCAUGGACGCGCACAAACCGGUUAAGCCCAUCGAUGAUAGCGACGAAACGCGACACAAGCAGCUUGAUCGUCUCGGUGGCCUCGUGGACGAAGUCAACAAAGAUGCGAAUAGGCUCUUGGAGCUGGAGAGCAUUCCGUACAGGGACAACGAAAGGGCAAAGACCGAGCUGAGAGAUGCGCUGAAAAAGUACAUGGUGCAGAAUGUGGUGCAUCAGGAGAGGGAGGUUAGAAAUGCUAUGGGACAAGUUAUGAUGAGGAAAAGAACGGGGGUGCCGCAUGGUGCGGUAGGUACAAAAUAG